AUGUCGGUCCGCUUUUGUGACAUGUGUCCACAAAAGCGAACCAGGUCAACUGAUAGGGUUUCAGUGGAUAUAGACAAUGAAUAUGGUGAUGAUAGUGAUGACAGUGAUUAUAAAGAAUCAGCUGGAUCAGGAGAAUCGGAUGAUGACAAUGAUAUUGAUGACCUAGUUCCAAGUAGUGAUCAUGAUGAUGAGGAGGUUUUGGAAGAGGAGAAAGAAAUAGAGGGAAAGUUGCAUGAAACUAAUGAUGCAGUGGGUGCACAUAUAGAGGGGUACAACAGCUACGAGGAAUCAGAUGGUGACAUUCUUACACCCGGUGAAAGUGAGGACGAUGAUAUCAGGGGUAAGAAGUAUAAGGAAGCUGCUCCAUCUGUAACUGAACACACUAACUGGAAGAAAUUCAUUUGGAAAGUAGGAACAAGGUUUGCAUCAAGGGAUGCCUUUAAAGAGGCAGUGAGAAGGUAUUCAGUGACUAAUGGUAGGAAUUUGUACCUUGCUAAGAGUGAAACGGACAACUGUGGUCGUAUAGUUGUCAAGUGUAUAGAAGGCUGUCCAUUUUUCUUAUUGUGCUCACUUCAUAAGGGUGAGGAGUGUUAUAUGGUUAAAAGAGUGAAGAAUAAACAUUCCUGCCAAAGGAACAUGAUAAAGAACAGACAAUUAACAGCAGGUUUUAUAGCUAAUGAGUUCCUACCAUUGUUUAGAUCCAAGCCCAAUUGGUCUGCUAAGGAGAUUGUAUUGGCUGUAAAACAGAAGUAUAAGGUCAUAAUAACUAAGUGGUUGGCUUACAAGGCUAAAUCUUAUGCUCAUAAGAAGUUGCAUGGAUCAAUGAGGGAUCAUUAUAGUAAAAUUGGUGCAUACAUGGAUAUUUUGAAGAAAACAAAUCCAACAUCAACGUUUGUUCUUGUAACUGCACCACCAGGUUUUAUCAAUCUAGAUCCAACAGCCACAUGUGAAACAUUCUUUAGAUUAUUUGUAUGUUUUGAUGGUGUCAAAAAAGGAUUUUUAGCCGGAUGCAGGAAGGUGUUAUGUUUAGAUGGCUGUUAUAGUGAUGUAAUAGUGAGCAACAUGGCAGAAACAUUCAAUGAAAUGGCUACCAAAGAUGUUGUCAUCUGCCCUAAUAUACAGGAAAAACUAGAGUUUUCCAAGGGUACAACUUAUAGGUGUGAAGUGUACCCCUCAUCUUAUCAAGUAUUCCAAGUAAGAGACUUUGAUGAUGUAUCUGUUGACUUGGAUAAGAGAACCUGCACAUGUAGAAAGUGGGAACUUAGGGGAUAUCCAUGUAAGCAUGUGUGUGCGGUGGCUGGGUUUUUACAUAAGAAUGCAGAAGAUUAUGUGGACCAGUGUUACCACAAAUAUACAUACAUGAAGAUUUAUGACUUGACAAUCCCUCCAUUGCCAAGUGAAAAGUAUUGGCCAAAGGUUGAUUAUCCAAUGGAUCCACCUCCAAUAAAAGUUGCUCCUGGUAGGCCUAAGAAGAACAGAAAGAGAGACCCUCAUGAGGAUCCUAAAAAGCCAGGAAAACUAACUAAGCAUGGGGUUAUAAUGACAUGUGGUAUUUGUGGAGCAAGAGGUCAUAACAAGAGAAAAUGUGCUGAAAAAGGGAAGAUGAAUACAGCUGAACCUGGAUCAAAGAGACAGAAGGGGAACAUAAGGAAGAGAAAGUCAACACAGCAAUCAACACAACAGUCAACUCAACAGCAGUCAACUCAGCAGACAAGUCAACUCAACAGCCAACCCACCAGUCAAAGAGGGGGCAAACUGUCAGCUAAAAGAGGAAGACCAAGAGGGAAGGGUAACAGAGAAGGAUGUGCUUAG